AAUAAACUGAGACCUCUGAAGCAGAUCACUCAGCCUAUUUCCUGUUUUCAAACAGAGAACUCAGCAGAGCAGCCGACGGCGCUCAACCGUCUUGUUGGACCUUACAACAGAGAUCCGAGUGGGACAUGUGACUCUCCUGGACCCCUGGACCCACAAAGCCUGAAGAUCCCAGCAUCCUUGGAGCAUGGCAAGUUCGGAGCAUCCUGGGAGCCCUGGCUGGACAGGACUCAUAAACCAACGCACACCAAGGACCAGGCAAGAAAUAUUGCCCUCCAGACCAGACCUCCCAUGUCCCGGACCAGAAGAACACUUAGAAACCCAAGACAGCCCCACCUCCAACUCCAGCAUGACCACGAAGGAGCUACAGGAACACUGGCAGAAGGAGAAGAGCCGCUGGCGUCAUGUCAAGCUGCUCUUUGAGAUCGCCUCAGCCCGCAUUGAGGAGAGGAGAGUCUCCAAGUUUGUGAUGUAUCAGGUCGUGAUCGUCCAGACCGGCAGCUUCGACAGCGACAAGGCGGUGGUGGAACGACGCUACUCGGACUUCGAGAGGCUGCAGAAGGCCCUCCUGAAGCGCUUCGGGCCGGAGCUGGAGGACGUGGCCUUCCCGCGCAAGCGCCUGACCGGGAACCUGUCUGCGGAGACCAUCUGCGAGCGCCGCCUGGAGCUCCGCGACUACCUGCGCCUGCUCUACGCCGUGCGAGCGGUGCGCCGCUCCCGCGAGUUCGCCGACUUCCUCACCCGGCCCGAGCUGCGCGAGGCCUUCGGCUGCCUGCGCGCCGGCCAGUACGCGCGCGCGCUCGACCUGCUGGGCCGCGUGGUGCCGCUGCAGGAGAAGCUGACGGCGCACUGCCCGACCGCCGCCGUGCCCGCGCUCUGCGCCACGCUCGUGUGCCUGCGCGACCUGGAGCGGCCGGCCGAGGCCUUCGCGGUGGGCGAGCGCGCGCUGCAACGCCUGUGGGCCCGCGAGAGCCACCGCUACUACGCGCCGCUGCUGGACGCCAUGGUGCGUCUGGCCUACGCGCUGGGCAAGGACUUCGCGUCGCUGCAGGGCAGGCUGGAUGACAGCCAGCUCCGGAGGCCCACGCACAGGGGCUUCACCCUGAAGGAGCUCACGGUGCGCGAGUAUCUGUCCUGAGCCGGCCUGGCAGGUGCCCUGGCAUCCAGGCUGCGGACAGAGACCUGGAUCACCAUCGCUGGCAGGCUGCUUGGUGCCAUCGCGAGUGGGUGUUGCUGGGCAGCUUUGAACAAGCUCCUCUUUGCUGUGUCUGCUAAGCCGAGGGAUUCCUGCGACCCCUGGAAGAGCCGUCUUGUGCCCCUUGGGUACAAGGUUCUUUGAACCAUAAGCUCACAAGCUUAGCUUCAAACCUUUGCAAGUACUAUGGACCUUGCCAUCUGGGAAUGGGAAGGACUUGCCUACCACACAGAAAUUCAAGGCCAGCCUAGGCAAUUUGGUGAGACUGUCUCGAAAUAAAGAGGUCUGAGGAUGUA